AUGUCAACGAAUUCGCGAACCGCACCACUUGGGUCCUGCCCUGUGUCUGUCUCCAGUCGUUUCAAUCUCGAUUCUUGGGAUAUGCAUGAUGCAGACGUACUCUUCUUAACCCCGGAUCAGGUGUUUUUCUACGCCCAUCAGUCAACUAUCCUCUCGCAUUCUACUAAUAGCUUUGGUGGUUUGUUGGCCGAUAGUGCUUCGUACAGUACAGCUGAGGAGGUCGAUACUAACCAACCUAUGAGUGAAUCACAUUUCAGCUCUGAGCCUAGACUUGUGGUGGUGAAUAUACCCUCAGACAUAUUCAACGUGGUGCUCCUAGCUCUCUACCGUUUCCCUAUCCAUGAAUAUUCCCCCUCGAUCCAUACCCUUCGUGAGACAAUCCCUACUCUAGUGAAUCUCGGUUGUGAUCCCAGCGCAAUUGCAUCCCCUCGUUCAGAACUGUAUGGUCUGCUCCUCAAGUCCGCGGCCGUAGAUUCAUUAUCCAUGUACGCCGUAGCAGCGCAGUGUUACUUCGAGGCGUUGGCUGUGUCUGUCAGCGCAUUGACUCUUCGAAUAUCACUCGACCAAAUCACGGACGAUCUUGCGUUGCAGAUGGGCCCUAUUUACUUGAGGCGCUUGUUUUUCCUUCAUCUUGGUCGUGCAGAUGCUUUGAGAAGGAUUAUUCUCCCUCUGCCAAACCUUCACCCACCGGAAGAGAGUACUCGGUGUAGUAUCGAUGCCCAAAAAGGCAUCCUGCGCGCGUGGACUCUCGCAUCGGCUUACAUGAUUGCUCAAAAUCAUCCAGGCGACAUUCAAGACAUGGUAUCACUAUUGGGGCAUACUCUCGACGAAGGCAAGGACCUCGGAAUUUUGCUAAAUAUUGGGUCCUAUCUAAGUUAUAUUUUUAGACGGUUCGCUGCCCGUGUCCAACGAGCGCUUGACGCUGGCCGACUUGACCCAGCACUCGUCGAAGAGAUCCGCAAUUUACCGUCUGGCGCUCUCUAUUUUACACCUUCUAGCAGGAAGAAACUUAGAAUACGGCCGGUAAUGUACGAGGUCUACCUAGGGGAUCCAGAGAGCAAGGGCCCCAGUUUCAGUGGGAAUGAGAAAGCUAAAGGGACGAUUGAUUGGACAAAGAUAACCCCUAUUGCCGCGUCUAAACUUAUCCCAAAGGCCGAGGAUCAAGUGAAAAGGUCGACCAUGCCUCCAACUGAGCCGGGAUCAGCUCCAAGGAGAUCCCGGUUGAAUUUCAUGAGCUCUGUCUCAUCGCCCACGCGGUCAGAGGCGACAGCCCAACCAGUAACAAACCCAGACCCAUCUCCUCCUACGAUUCAAGCUCCCUCGGCCCCACCCCCAGGCUCCCUCGCGCUAAGCGUCUUUAUCGCCAUGCCAUCCCCCUCUUGCCGUCUUAGUCGUGCCAAGCUCGACGGUGAGGAGGUUGUGCCUGACCCACCAAAGAAGGGAAAGGCGCCUAAGGAGGAGGCUGUUGCCUCUUUGGGUCCCCAAGUCGCUGAGGGCGAGCUCGUUUUCGGUGUUGCACACAUCUACGCCAGCUUCAACGACACUUUUGUCCAUGUUACCGAUCUCUCUGGAAAGGAAACUGUCACUCGUGGUAUGAAGGUCAAGGCCGACCGUGACGAGUCCUCUCCUUACGCGGCCAUGUUGGCUGCCCAGGAUGUUGCCACUCGCUGCAAGGAAGUCGGCAUCACCGCCCUUCACAUCAAACUUAGGGCUACUGGUGGAACUGGAACCAAGACUCCUGGGCCCGGUGCUCAGUCCGCUCUCCGUGCCCUUGCUCGUUCGGGUAUGCGCAUUGGUCGUAUCGAGGAUGUGACUCCGGUCCCCACCGACUCUACUCGUCGCAAGGGUGGUCGCCGUGGUCGUCGUCUCUAG